AUGAACAAGAUUAGUGCUACCGGUGUUCUUGUGGAGCUGGACGGCGAUGAGAUGACCCGCGUGAUUUGGAAGAAGAUCAAAGAAACUCUCAUCUUUCCGUUUGUUAAUGUCCCUAUCGAGUACUACGACUUGAGUAUGGAGAAUAGGGAUAAGACGGAGGAUCGUGUGACAGUUGAGGCGGCAUAUGCUAUCAAAAAACAUGGAGUUGGAGUAAAAUGCGCAACCAUUACACCCGAUGAAGCGCGAGUAAAGGAGUUCAACCUCAAGAAAAUGUGGAGGAGUCCCAACGGGACAAUCCGAACCAUUUUGGGUGGCACAGUCUUUCGCGAGCCCAUUAUAUGCAGUAAUGUUCCCCGACUCGUCACAACAUGGAAAAAGCCUGUCGUUAUCGGGAGACACGCGUUCGGUGAUCAAUACAGCGCCACAGAUGCCGUUGUUAAGGAGCCGGGAACAUUUGAGAUGCGUUUCAUACCCGCCAACGGCGGGGAACCGAAGGUUUACAAGGUGUUUGAUUACAAAUCAGGAGGUGUUAUGAUGGGAAUGUACAACACCGAUGACAGCAUACGGGAUUUUGCCAGGAGCUGCUUUGAGUUUGCCCUCGCCAGGAAGUGGCCUCUGUAUCUUUCCACGAAGAACACCAUACUGAAGCAUUACGAUGGGCGUUUCAAGGACAUUUUCGCGGAGAUGUACAAGGCCUUGUACGAAACUAAGUUCAAAACUUGUGGCAUUUUCUACGAACACCGCCUAAUUGAUGAUAUGGUUGCUCACUGUAUGAGGAGUGAAGGCGGAUACGUGUGGGCCUGCAAGAACUACGAUGGCGAUGUCCAGUCGGACAGUUUGGCUCAAGGAUUCGGGUCCCUCGGGAUGAUGACUUCCAUUCUCAUGACGCCGGACGGAAAAACAGUUGAGGUUGAGGCUGCUCAUGGCACCGUCACGCGGCAUUAUCGGGACUAUCAAAAGGGUAAAGAAACGAGCACGAACCCCGUGGCUUCCAUAUUUGCAUGGACUCGCGCCCUUGCACACCGGGCUCGCGUGGACAACAACAACACGCUCCUGGAGUUUACCCAGCGACUUGAGGAUGUCAUCAUCGCCACUAUUGAAGCGGGCGCCAUGACGGAGGACCUCGCCAUUUGUAUAAAGGGUGAGAAGAAUGUUGUUCGUGCGGACUACUUAAAUACCGACGAGUUUAUCGACGCGGUUUCGCAGAGGUUGAAAGUGGCAAUGCAGAAAAGCAAAGUGUAG